CCAUUUCCCCUCAUAAGCCAUUCCCCCUGAUAUCACCGUCAUUCAUCUUCAUCCGACCACUAAAUCCCCUAAAUUCCCCGCGAUUCCCCGCUAUUCCCCGCCAUCAUCAAUGAACCACCACCUAAACCACCACUAAACCACUCACUAACAAACCAUAACGUCCAACCUUAAACUCCUCCCAUCUGCGUCCCCAAACCACAAAACAUGUGCUUGAAUCCCAGGCUAUAUAUCACCCCGAGACCACUCCACCACUCCACUCCAUCAAGCCGCUCACCCUUAGCGAAACCUGCCCAUCUAUACCCAACCAAGGCGCAAUAACACCAUGGCGACCGACUACACCAACCUCCCGACGCCGUCCUUUGUCUAUGUCGACUUUUGUCUCGUGCCUCUCGGCACAGGCAACCCUUCCGUCGCAGAAGAGGUCGCAGAGGUCCAGCGCGUACUCAACGCCAGCAAGCUGAGCUACACGCUGCACUCGGCCGGCACCACCGUCGAGGGACCCUGGGACGAUGUCAUGCGUGCUAUCGGCCAAGCCCACGAAGCUCUCCUGCAGCGCGGCAUCGUGAGGAUCCAGACCUCCAUGCGCGUCGGAGCAAGGACGGACAAAGUCCAGCACUGGAAGGAGAAGAUUGAUAGAGUGGAAAACUUGCUCGCUAAGGACUCGAAGGAGUCGAAGUGACAGCAGUCAGCUGCGCAGCUGCGCUGAUGAGGGGAG